AUGGAGUCCGCACCAUCCCCGUGUUCAACCGACGACUGCCCAUUUGAAGUUGAUGAGGACUUCGAGGGGACCCAGCUCGAGGAGACCGAGAUGGACACCCAAGGGUCCUUCUUUGCCAAUAGUGUGCCAGUAGAGGAAGACACCGUCAAGCCCGAGAUAAAAAUGGCUUCUAACAUCGGACGACAGAUAAACGGCCUGAUUAUCCUGCCCCACUUUCAUUCUCCAGCAGAGGUGAUCCGGCAGGGGCCGAUCAUCCACAACUUGGUUGGUCCCCCUGGGCCCACGAUUCGAAAAGUGCAUCCCUGUCCCAACAAGGCAUUCGUUAUUUGGAGACCUAUCACGAGAAGCCUUGGACCAGAGGACGGAUUAUUCAAAGUCUAUCCUGAAUCCCACAACAUACGGACUGAAGAGGAGCUGCAUCGUAGGAAGAUCGAUGCUGUCUCAGUCCCAAUCCGGGCUGAUCAGUUCCUUAUUGCACACGGUGGGCUUUGGAUACAGCAAGGAGGUAGUGGGUCUGGCCUUUUGAUGUGGGCGGGGCUGUCCACAGAGAUCAUCGGUCUCCACGUCGACAAACGCAGUUUGGAUUUCGUGGCGCUGGCAUACGGGGCUGGGAGGUUUCUAGGGAGGGAUCGUCCAUUCGGUACGACGGAGCAAGAAGCCGUAAUUUUGGACGAUCCACUCCUAGAGAGAAACACGAAGCCCGUUAGCUCCUCAAUCCCAGCGAAUACUUUCCUCGAUCAGGCGUCACACACUCUUGAAAAGACCGAAGCAUUCCUGAAAGGUCUAAGCGAUCCGACUAGCUUGAUUCUGAAUUCUGAAUACGGUAUGCAUCCCAGGAUUGCAUACGCUAAUGUGCGCGUGCAAAAUCGUGAAGGGCACUCGACAGAUCCAGAACUUGAAAGGUACUUCCUUUCGGCACUUACAAUACGGUCUCUUCUUAGGCGUUUGCGAGAGACGCCUAGAGAGACAAUUCCCGAUUUCACACGCAAGGAAGGGCUACCGGAUGAGACUCUCGUGAAACAUGCCAUUCUAACUGGCCGUAAAAUGUAUUUUGUGGAAACCGAGAAGAGCGAGCCAGGCCUUUGGCUCGCGCUUAUGUCCGUGCUACCAAAGCUCCAACAUAUGCCUAUCUGGCAGGUAAAAUUAAUCCCAGGCCUGCUAAAUGAGCAACCAAGGAUUCUAGACGCUGGGGAAAGGUGGUCUCGGUACAUGUCACAGUCUAGCCAGUUAUACGAGAUUUGGGUGCGCGAAUUACUACAGGGUAGCAACCCCACCUGA